AUGAAUACUAUUGAAAUACAAUUUCGAUUGGGACGUGAAUGUCGAUUAGCAAUAUUAGAAUCACAAGAUUUAUUAACAUUUGAUUCAUUAAUUCAUUUAGCUGAACAUACAUUUCCAUCAUGUAAACAUCCGUUUACAUCAUUUAUUUAUAUAGAUGAUGAUGGAGAUCAUGUAACUGUAUCAAGUGAACUUGAAAUGGGACCAUUAAGAAAUUUUUAUUUUCGUCUAUGUCAAGAAGAAGAAUUUUCUAAGCCAAUACUUAAACUUGAAACUAUUGUAAAUCGUAAUCAUGCAAAUUUAACAAUCGAUACAAUGUCAUCAUAUUCAGAUGAAUCUUAUAAUACAAAACAAAAAUUUUUAAAUCUUGAAGCACAUGUUGAACAUAUAUUUUCAUCUGGUAAUAUGUUAUCACUUGAUAUGCUUGAAAUAAUUGGUACUGGUAAUAGUGGUAUUGUACGACGAUGUCGUAAUCGACAAACACAACAAAUUCUUGCUGUUAAAAUAAUUUCACUUGAUUUUGAAAAAAAUGAAAAAAAACAAGAAAUUGUUACUGAACUUAAUGCAUUAAAUACUUUAAAUUCAGAUUAUAUUGUACAAUUACAUGGUGCUUAUCUAUAUGAAAAUUCUGUACAUAUAUGUACAGAAUAUAUGGAUCGUGGUUCACUUGAACAAUAUAUUGGUAUACUUAUACCGGAAAAUGUUCUUAUACAUAUAACAUUAUCAAUGAUUCAAGGUCUUAUUUAUAUGUGGAGUAGAAAAAUAAUGCAUCGUGAUGUUAAACCAUCCAAUGUUUUAGUUAAUAGUUUAGGUUCAAUUAAAUUAUGUGAUUUUGGUGUUAGUCGAGUAUUAGAAACAAUUGGUCAAAAAGUUGCAUCAUUUAUUGGUACACAUAAAUAUAUGGCACCAGAACGAGUUAGUUCAGAUGAAUAUAGUAUACCAUCUGAAAUUUGGAGUCUUGGUAUGACUAUUCUUGAAAUAGGUCUUGGUAGAUAUCCAUUUCAAGCAGAAAGUUCUUAUCCACCAAUAGCUGUACGACCUUUUGAAUUAGUUCAAUGUAUUGUUUAUGAAACACCACCUACAUUACCCGCAAAUCGUGGUUAUUCAUCAGAAUUUGCUUCAUUAAUUCAACAAUGUCUAUCAAAAAAUCCUGUUGAUCGACCAUUACCAACAAAUUUCUUUGAAAAUCCUCUUCUAAUGAAAUAUAAUAAUAGUGAUACGAAUCAAAGUCGAGCAAUAAUUGCUGAAUUUUUCAAUCGAACGGCUGUUGCCACGACUGCAACAACAUAA